AUGCGCUCACACUUUGAUCCAUAUCCAGGCACACGGCCGACGCUCACGGUCAAGCUAUGUCUGGCUAUCACUGUCGUCUUCCUCCUUGUCGACCUGUACUACCUGGCCCGCUGGUUUGAGCUGCGGCACGACCAAAAAGUACUGGACACGCUCGUAUCCCUCCUCCCCCCAGCGACAUUCUUGGCCAGCUACCGUAUCCCCUCCGACCACCGCAUCCUCAUUGUCCAACACUUCCCUGCGAAGCACAGCCGCCUCGAACGGGCCUCCCUGGUCAGCCACCAAGCCUACGCCCAAGCAUGGGGAUACGCCUACGAGUCCGACACGGGCGACUAUACGGACCGAACGGCAGUGCGGCGCGAGUUGGUGGACCCCCUCGGCGCCGAGUGGAUUGUAUACUGCGAUGCCGACACCAUCGUCUCUGACCCAAGUAUUGGGCUCCACCACUUGCUCCCACCAGACACGCUCAACCCUCAACCCCUCAUGAUUGCCGGACAGGACCACAACGGUCUGAGUGCUGGCGCAUUUGGCGUGCGGGUUAUGAGCGAGACUGCCGAGUUUCUCGAGUCGGUACUGGCUCCAAACUCGGUGGAGGACGGACACAGCGACCAACACCAUCUUGGGCGCGCACUGCGAUCUCCCGAGGGCGCCAGCUUUGCUGGUGCGUUUUACGAAAUACCGCGUAUGUGGGUCAAUGCGUAUUUCCUCGACAACGACGCCACAUACGCCAUCAACGAGGAGGGAGAUGGGUGGUAUCCCGUCUGGCAGGUGCACCUCGUCGACCACCUCAAGUUCAAGUACAGCUUUCGAACGCUGCUCGAGCAGGCUAUCGAGGUUACGACCGAGGCGCUCGCGCUCCAAGCCGACGUCAAGAUUGCCGGACGCCGGUCCGGCGCCUUGGCCGUGCGCAACGCGAUGGAGUUGUUGCCCUCGACAGCGUGGACGAUUCGCCGUGCGAGGGAGCAUUGGGAGAUUGUCGAGCCUGGGAUUGAUGGGAUGCUGUUCCUGGACGAGGUGCACGGUGUUGUGAAUGCGAAUGGCGUUGUGUUACCGUGA